AUGGUGAAAAACGUUAUAAUUCUGGUUAAACAGAUUCUCAAAAGUGGAUUUACAAUACUAGUGACAUUAUUUGUUUUACAUUUAAUAUGGAAUUCUACAGCUGAUACUGAAACGGUUAAUAAACGGGACAUUCGCAAACCGAUUAGCAUAGCUGAAACGGAAACAACAACUUUUGACUCUGUAACCACAACUGAAGACACUUUCACAACAGAAAAAACAACAGAGAAAGUUACAUUUACCAAAUAUCAGUCAUUUAAAUAUAUUCAUUUACCAUUAAAGAUAUGCGAGCUCGAUGGAGGACAAUUUGAUCCAUUUUUAUUAAUUGUCGUCAAAUCUAGUGCUUUACAAAUUGGAAACAGGGAAGCUAUUCGAACAACUUGGGCCAAGUUUAAUAAUCCAAAUAUAAAAUUAGUUUUUUUAUUAGGAUACUCGCCAUUAAUCAAACAAUAUAUUAAUAUGGAGUAUAACCUAUACAAAGAUAUUGUACAACAGAAUUUCAUUGAUGAUUAUUUCAACAACACCUUGAAAACGAUUAUGGGAUUAGACUGGACAGUCACACAUUGUCCAAAGUCAAAGUUUAUAUUCUUCGUUGAUGAUGAUUACUUUGUCAAUCUUCCAAAACUACUGAACUAUAUAGAUUUUCAUGUAAGAAAGCAGACAAAAAAUUUGAUUGCAGGUCACAAAUACAUAGGAGCGAUACCAAAACGCAAAACGGGUAGUAAGUGGUAUGUGUCUUGGCAAGACUACCCUGAAAAGACAUGGCCGCCAUAUUUAAGUGGUGGAUCGAUGGUAAUGGCUAUGUCUGUUGCAAAGCUUUUGAAAGAACAGAUUCCAUAUACUAAACCCCUUUUUAUUGACGACGUUUUUCUUGGAAUCGUUGCAAAAUCGUUAAAUAUAGAACUUUGGAAUGAAAGAAAGUUUUCUGUAUCUUAUGUACCUGACAGACUUGGUUAUUUAUUUUCGGCUCAUAGGUAUGGAUCACCAAAAAAUUUAAUAUCAGAGUGGAAAAGAGUAAGAUGUAAUCAUAAAAAGUUAUUUCAGCAAUUAUAUGGUUCCCUUGACUGCUAGUAAAGCUAGUAAAUAUGUUUUUUUAACUGACUUUCAGGUAAUUCUUUAUUUACAUCUACUGAUGACUUAAAAGCUACACAGAAUUGAUAUAUUUCUGAGAAGUACAUCAAACAAGUAUUGUGAAGAGUAGAUGUCAAUCAGA